AUGCGUGCUCAGUAUCUCGUCCUUGUCGCCAUUGGCCUCGUGGCUGCUGCCCCCCUCGAUAUCAGAGGAGCUGAUGCCGAAGCUGAAGCUAUCCCGUUCUACCCGAAAAGGGGCGCUGAUGCAGAGGCGGAGGCGAUUCCUUUCUAUCCUAAGCGCGGGGCCGACGCCGAACCUGAGGCCAUCCCCUUCUACCCCAAGCGAGGAGUCGACGCGGAGGCCGAAGCCAUCCCUUUCUAUCCCAAGAGAGGCAUCGAUGCUGAAGCUGAAGCAAUUCCCUUCUACCCCAAACGUGGCGCUGAUGCUGAGGCGGAGGCUAUUCCAUUCUAUCCAAAGAGAGGCGCUGAUGCGGAAGCCGAAGCGAUCCCCUUCUAUCCUAAGAGGGGUGCCGAUGCUGAGGCUGAGGCUAUCCCCUUCUACCCUUAA